AUGUACCAAAAAGAUCAUGGGCUUUACUUGAGUACACAGGAGGUGGGCAAGGUGCGUCAGAGCUUGAAGAACCUGCGGAAGCCAUUGGUUGACAUCAUUGUCGUUACUGAUGGUUCCCGUAUCCUUGGCCUGGGCGACCUCGGUACGAACGGCAUGGGCAUCAGCAUUGGCAAGAGUUCCCUCUACGUGGCGGCGGGGGGUAUUCGCCCCAGCCGUGUGUUGCCAGUAAUGUUGGAUGUUGGCACCAACAAUGAGAAACUGCGCGAUGAUCCACUCUACAUGGGGACGCGUACCCCUCGUGUGUCGGACACCGCGUUCUAUUCCCUCCUUGAUGAGUUUAUGGAGGCCACCAAAGAAGUGUGGCCCAAUGCCGUUGUCCAGUUCGAGGACUUCAGCAACAACCACUGCUUCGGCAUGCUGGAGCGCUACCAGAACAAGUACCGCUGCUUCAACGACGAUAUCCAGGGCACCGGUGCGGUGAUCGCCGCCGGCUUCCUCAACGCGGUGAAGCUGUCGCAGGUGCCAUCUAUGCAGCACCGUAUCGUCGUCUUUGGUGCCGGCUCCGCUGCGGUGGGUGUGGCGAAGAACAUCGCGGAGCUCACCGCGCGCGUGCACAACGUCCGCGUGGAGGACGUGAUCAAGACGUUCUACCUUGUGGACACCAAGGGCCUUGUGACGACGACGCGCGGUGACAAGCUGGCGGCGCACAAGGUGCUGCUCGCCCGCACCGACGUCUCUGCGGAGGACUCUGCGAAGCUGUGCACGCUGGAGGACGUUGUGAGGUUCGUGAAGCCAACGACGCUGCUCGGCCUCGGCGGCGUGGGCCCCGUCUUCACGGAGGAGAUCGUCAAGAUGGUGAUGCAGAACACCGCGCGCCCGAUCAUCUUCCCGCUGUCGAACCCGACCAGCAAGGCGGAGCUGAUCCCCGAGAACGCGUACAAGUGGACGAACGGCGCGGCGAUCAUCGCGUCCGGCAGUCCGUUCCCGGCGACGACGCUUGGCGGCAAGACGUACAUGCCAUCGCAGGGCAACAACCUGUACGUCUUCCCCGGCAUCGGCCUUGGCUGUGCACUGGCGCAGCCGUCGCACAUCCCCGACGAGCUCCUCAUCACCGCCUCGCAGUGCCUCAACGGGCUCGCCUCGCAGGCGGACCUGGACGCGGGCAGCCUGUACCCGCCGCUGGAGGACAUCCACAGCAUCUCCGCCAACAUCGCCACCGAUGUCAUCCUCGAGGCGCAGCGGCUGAAGAUCGAUAGCAACACGCAGCUGCCGCGCACCCGCGACGCGCUGCUCGCCCACGUGAAGCAGACCAUGUGGAAGCCGGUGUACGCGCCCACCAUCGACGUGAACGUGGAGUAA